CGGUGGGGGAAGGAAAGGAAAAGAAGUAGAGGAAUUCGAUUAGAAAGCGUCGCAACCUCAGAGAGCAAGAGAAAGAAACAAAAUGUGCAAAUAUCAACAUCCACAUAUACUUUGUCUUCGGCUAUGAAAUCAACCAAAAAUAUAUUUCAACAAAAUCAAAAAAUAAAUAUGAAUAUCAACGCACAUGUUUGUUCUUGCUCUUUAUUUAGAGGAGGUUAGCGACAGUCAGGACAACAGCAGCAGCAACAGCCAUGACGGAAGCAGAGUUCACCGAGGCAGCGCUCUGGGCGUUGAGUUGCUUGGCAGCGUAUCCAGUGGCGGUGGGGGCGGCCGAGGCCGAGGAGGACUGGUAGCUGGGGACCGAGGCAACGGAGGUAGCGGUAGCCUUGACGGACGAGGUGGCAGACUCUUCGUCGCAGUCGUCAGUGGGGGUGGCGGUAGCAGUGGCCUUGACGGAGGAAGUGGCGGUCUCGUCCUCGCAGUCGUCGGUGGGGGUGGGCUCCUCCUCCUCGCAGUCGUCGGUAGGAGUAGGGGUGGGGAGAGCAGUGGCGGUGGCCUUGACAGACGAGGUGGCGGUCUCAUCCUCGCAGUCAUCAGUGGGAGUGGGAGUGGGGGUAGCGGUGACGGUGGCCUUGAUGGAAGAGGAGACAGUGCCGUACGAGGGAACGGUGGAAGUGGGGGUGGCGGUGACGGUGGCCUUGAUGGAGGAGGAGAUCGAGGGGGUGCCGUAGACAGGGGUGGAAACGGCGGUGGCCUUGACGGAAGAGGUGGCGGUCUCCUCCUCGCAGUCGUCAGUAGGGGUGGGAGUAGCGGUAGCGGUGGCCUUGACAGAGGAAGUAGCAGUCUCCUCCUCGCAGUCAUCGGUGGGAGUGGGGGUGGGAGUGGCGGUGGCAGUAGCCUUGACAGAGGAGCUGGGGGUGGGGGCAUCCUCGCAGACUUCGUCCUCGGGAACUUCCUCGCAGUUGUCGACAUAGUCUUCGUCCUCGCAGUCGACAUCGGGCUCGUCGUCCUCGCAGUCAUCCUCAGGGACAUCCUCGUCGCAGUCGUCCUCGGGGGUGGGAGUGGCGGUAGCGGUGGCCUUGACGGAGGAAGUGGCGGUCUCGUCCUCGCAGUCAUCGGUGGGGGUGGGGGUGGUGACGGCGGUGGCCUUGACAGACGAGGUGGCAGACUCCUCGCAGUCGUCGGUGGGAGUAGGGGUAGGGGUGGCAGUGACGGUAGCCUUGACGGAGGAGGUGGCCGAGGGAGUGCCGUAGACGGGGAGGACGGGGGUGGAGGUGGCGACGGGAGCAGCCGAGGAAGAGGGGAGGGCAGAGUAGAUGGGGGGCUGGAGAUGGACAGGAAACGCAGGUCAGGUUAGCGGUGUGCUACGCCGGGUGUUCCUGCAAGGGGGUUGCUCGAAAGACUCGCUCGCUCGCUGGCUGAGGGUGCUGAAGGUGUCGUCCCAAUGAUGGA